AUGGAAGAGCUGAAACAACAUGGCAGACAGCCACAUCCUAGAUCAACGGCAAAUCCACUUUCCGCACUAACUUUCUGGUGGACUUUAGAUUUUUUCAAGAUAGGACUUAAGAGGGAGAUAGAAGAAGAAGAUUUGUAUGAACCACUCCAGGAACACAGAUCCGAUUAUCUUGGUGAUAAAUUUGAAAGAUUGUGGCGGAAGGAAGUAAAAAAGGCACACACCAGGAAUAGUACACCCAAGCUGCUAAAUGUUAUUGUUAAAUGCUUUGGCCUUAAAAUAUUGUUCUAUGGUGUUAUUCAGAUGUCUGCUGAACUUAUUGUGAGGGUGGCACAGCCUCUAUUCCUUGGGAGACUUCUGCGUUACUUCAUGCAUGAUGGCGAAGUGGAGCUGCAUGCGGCAUAUAUGUAUGCUGCUGGAAUGGUUGCUUGCUCUGUGGUGUCAUCACUUAUACUCUAUCCCCUAUCCCAUGCAAUGUUCCACAUGGGAAUGAAGAUACGGGUAGCUUGCUGUUCACUGCUUUACAGAAAGGCAAUGAAAAUGAGUCAAGCUGCUCUAGGUGGAGCAGUAGCUGGACAAGUUGUAAAUCUAUUGGCAAAUGACAUGAACAGAUUUGAUCCUUCUGUUCUUUUUGUACAUUACCUUUGGAUAGGCCCAUUGGAGAUGGUUGUUGUUGCCUAUUUCAUGUGGACGAGAGUAGGGGUUGCUGCAUUAGCAGGUGUUUCCUGUCUGCUAGUAUUUAUUCCUUUUCAAGGCCUUUUGGGGAAAAGGAUGUCAUACCUCCGAAUGAAAACAGCUUUGAGAUCUGACAAAAGGGUUAGGUUAAUGAAUGAAAUUAUUUCAGGAAUUCAAGUUAUAAAGUUGUAUACAUGGGAGAACUAUUUUGCAAAGUUAAUUGAAGCAUGUAGAAGGUUGGAAACAGCCUCUAUUAGAUCAACUGCUUAUGUCCGCUGCACAAUGUCAUCUUUUGGAAUAUUUGUUACAAGGUUUUCUAUCUUCAUCAGCAUUGUGACCUAUGUUCUACUUGGUGAAGCAAUAACAGCAGAAAAGGUUUUUGUAGUAAUAGCGUACUAUAAUCUUCUGGCUGAUACUAUGGGUGACUGCUUUCCAAAGGCAAUUAUUUUUGGAGCUGAAUUUUUGGUAUCAACAAAAAGAGUACAAAGAUUCUUAAUGAAUGAUGAAAUAAAAAAGUUACCAGACUACAUGGAAGAACACAAUGUAGAUUCCAUCACUCAGUAUUCAGAUGAUGAUGAUGCAGGAAUUGAUCUAAUGGAGGCAUCAGCAAAAUGGUCUAUAAAUAAUACAGAAAACACAUUAAAUAAUGUUAACUUGACUGUGACACCCAAGCAACUUGUUGCAGUAAUUGGACCAGUGGGAUCAGGAAAGUCAUCGUUACUCCAGGCAAUUUUGAAUGAACUACCUUUAUGCUCUGGCUCACUGUGUGUGAAAGGGAAACUAUCUUAUGCCUCACAGCAACCGUGGCUGUUCGCAGCUUCAUUGCGUCAAAACAUAUUGUUUGGUGAACCAUUUGACAGAAGAAGAUACCGCAAGGUAGUGAAGGCAUGUGCUUUAGAACAAGACUUUGCUAUGUUCCCAUAUGGUGACCGCACACUGGUUGGUGAACGUGGUGUCACGCUAAGUGGUGGGCAGAAGGCACGCAUCAACCUUGCUCGUGCUGUUUACAGAAAGGCAGACAUUUAUUUGCUAGAUGAUCCACUGUCAGCAGUUGAUGCUCAUGUCAGUAAGCACUUAUUUGAUGGCUGCAUCUCUGGUCUAUUGAGAAAUAAAGCUUGUGUGUUGGUAACUCAUCAGCUACAGUUCUUAAAACAAGCAGAUCAGAUUUUGAUAUUACGAAAUGGUGAAAUAGAAGCAAAAGGUUCAUACAGAGACCUACAAAACACUGGCUUGGACUUUGCGAAGUUACUCGUAAAGGAAGAAGCUGCAGGUGAUAUGGGAAGAACACGAGGUCUGACUGAAUUAUUUGAAGAUUCUGUUCAAGGUCGAUCACAUGAGCAAAGCAUGAGGUCAAUGGAUAUGGCAAAUUACCCUUUACCUGAGUCUGAAAUGAGAACAUUGGGUCAUUUAUCAGCCACUGUAUAUAAUGCCUACUUUUCUGCUGGUGGCAGCUGGCUUCUACGUGUUGUAGUUUUGAUAGGAUUUAUACUCACUCCCAUUAUAACAAGUGGAGCUGAUUAUUGGGUUGCAUAUUGGACAAACAAUGAGGAGCAGCAAUACAUUACUAAUACUACUAUUACUGGAAACAAAACUGGAGCAGUGUCUUGGUUAGAUACAUUCACAUGCACUUACAUUUAUACUGGAUUGACAAUUGGGACAUUGUUGUCAACACUUGGACGUUCAUUUUUAUUCUUUUGGUUUGCAAUCCAUGCUUCCAUGUGCCUGCAUAACAACAUGUUCAAGAGUGUCUUAACUGCAUCAAUGCGUUUCUUCAAUGCUAAUCCUUCAGGCAGAAUAGUGAACAGAUUUUCAAAGGACAUGGGAAUUGUUGAUGAGAAGUUGCCAGUUUCUAUUAUGGAAUGCUUUCAUAUCAUCCUGGUACUUCUUGGAGUUGUCACCAUGGUAGCAGUUGUAAAUUAUUGGUUGCUAGUUCCUACAUGUUUACUUGCAGUUUUUGGUUGUAUUAUGCGCCAACUCUUCCUUUCAACUGCAGGCAGUUUAAAGAGACUGGAAGCAAUUACUCGGAGUCCAAUAUUCACACAUUUAAAUGCCUCUAUCCAGGGACUCAGCACUAUCAGAGCAUUUGGUGCACAGACACUUCUUAGCAAAGAGUUUGAUAAACAUCAGGACCUGAAUACAACUGCGUUCUAUAUGUUCCUGUCAACUAGCAGAGCCUUUGCUUAUUGGCUUGAUGUGGGAUGCUUGGCCUACAUAGCAGUUGUCACCUUCAGCUUUCUGCUUUACGGUGAAGAUAUGUUUGGUGGAAGUGUAGGUUUAGCUGUAACUCAGGCUAUAAGUCUGAGUGGAACAUUCCAGUGGGGCCUGAGACAAUCUGCGGAACUGGUCAAUCAGAUGACAUCUGUAGAGAGGAUGUUAGAAUUCACAAAUGUUGAACAGGACCUAUCUGAGGAUGAAGAUGAAACUUCCAUAUCUUCAGAAACUAAGAGAGAAACAUUUAACUGGCCAUCUGAAGGAAAAAUAGAAUUCAAGGAUGUCUCCUUGUCAUAUGACAAAAUGAAUCCACCAGUCCUCAAAAAUCUCUGUUUCACAGUGCAGCCUAAAGAAAAAGUUGGUAUAGUCGGCCGGACAGGAGCUGGUAAAUCAUCAAUCAUUACAGCUCUCUUCCGUCUAGCACACACAACUGGGUCAGUUAUUAUUGAUGGAAUUGAUACUAAACAUAUUGGGCUACAAGAAUUUCGCCGAAAACUUUCAAUAAUUCCUCAAGAACCGGUUAUUUUUUCUGGAACAAUGCGCUCAAAUCUGGAUCCUUUUGAUGAACAUUCAGAUGAGGAAUUAUGGCAAGCUUUGGAGGAGGUGGAUCUGAAAGAUACAGUAAUAGAAUCUGAAAAUGGUCUCAGUUGGCAGAUGACAGAAGGUGGAUCAAAUUUUAGUGCUGGGCAGAAGCAACUAGUUUGCUUAGCAAGAGCAAUAAUCAGGAAAAACAAGAUACUGAUACUUGAUGAAGCUACAGCUAAUGUUGACCCCAGAACCGAUGAGUUCAUACAACAUACCAUCAGAGAGAAAUUUGUGGACUGCACAGUGUUGACAAUUGCCCACCGUUUGCACACUGUCAUGGACAGUGACAAAGUGCUUGUAAUGGAUUCUGGAAGUGUUGUUGAAUUUGACCACCCGUACAUACUGCUGCAAAACAAGAAGGGGAUCUUCUUCAGAAUGGUGCAACAGACAGGAAAAACAAUGGCAGACCAAUUGUAUACAGUAGCAGAGGAGUGCUACCACAGAUCCCUGAGGAUAAUUUGAAGAUUAUGGCGGCAGAACAGUAUUUCUUGGUGGCAUACGCAGCACUACCACUGAGCCAGCAUUACCAGAGUUCACUGUCUGAUCCUUCGGUACAAUAAAUAAGAGGAACUUGGCACUAGACAUCCAAACUAAAAUGUAAUC